AUGGCGGAGCUCUUGGGCCAGGCCACGAGCAACACCGAGCUGGAAGACAUCGAUGCGGAUGGCGAAUAUGAGAUGGAUGAUGUAGAGUACGCACAAGCCCCGGCUGUUGAGAACAUGCCCGAUGUAGAAGGCCAUACAACAGACGCCGAAGGCUCAGAUAUAGAUGCCGAGGGUGAGGAAGAUGCCGAAGGCGAGGAAGAUGCCGAGGGUGAAGACGUGGAUGCUGAGGGUGAAGAUGUAGACGACGACGAGGACGAAGCUGAGCCAGUUGGCGCUGUCAAGAUCGCACUGCGGCGUCCUCGGUCCUCCGACGACGAAGAAGAAGACUACGAAGGCGACGACGUCGCAAGAGAAUCCUCCGACGCCAAGUCCAGCGACAGCGAGGAGUCGAGCAAUGCCGAUUCUGAAGAGGAGAAUCAAUGGCAGGCGAGUGAAGAUGGUGAAGAAGACGAGAUCAUCAAGUCGUCCAACCCCAACGUCUGCAUAUACUGCCACCUAGAUGAGGAUAACGACCCAAGUCCAGAGUUCGAAGAGUACCUCUCAUGCGCUAUUUGUGGAGACAAUGCACAUCGGCAAUGCGCCCGUAACGCUAAUACGCUUAGUUCCGAUGACGAUGCAAAGCGUUGGCGCUGCAAUGGUUGCCUUAACAAUUUCCCAACCGAAGGAGAAGAAGAAGAGGCGGAAGAGCCAUCUACUUCUGCUCGCCGACGACGUUCGUCUCUGAACAAGCUGACCAAAGAGUUGCUCCCUUCACAUCGUGGGGUUGAUCCCGAGGGACACUCAAUCUUCAAAGAGCUAAUUAUUCCCGAUGAGCCAGCAGAUGGACUACGUUCGCUGCGCAAACGCAAAACUUCGCAAGAGGAGGAAGCACCGCUGCCGUCGAGGCAAACACGGAAAAAGCGAAGACCUUCUGAAGCGUCCAACUCAGAUGCCGAACCAUCAGUGCCUGCAGUCUCACCCCGGCCACCAUCGAGGAGCGUACGAAGUGCUCGUAGCGUCAUGACGGAUGGUCAUGAGAGUGGAGGCGAAGCAGAGCAGAAUGGAUCAGAUCGAGAGGCUGGUCGCUUACGGCCAGCGCGGGCGCGUCGUGGGCAACCCAAGAGAACUGACAAACGUCCACUCGCAUGGAUCGAAGAGGCUCAAGGCGGGAGCUUGAUCAUAGCUUUUCAUCUUAACAACGAGAAAGUGCAGCAAAUCGUCACUUCUAAACCCAAGAAGAAGACGCUCACAAUCGAACAGGAGCGACAGGAGAGACGGCGUGAGAGGGAUAGAGAACGUCGCGAGAGAAACCGACGGGCUGCACAGGCUGCGCGGGAAUCGCCAGAGCUCCUGCAUUAUCCAACAAUACAUGUGCAGCAUGCCACACCCUUCCCGGGCUUCACCGACAAAGAGCCCGACGAGGUCAAGAGCAAGCCCUACGGCGGCGUACUUUCCGAAGCCGACGCUGAUACCUCCAAGACCUAUCCUUCGCCUGCUGACAGGAAGCGCUUUGAUGAUGCUCGUAUCAAGGCCGAAGAAGAGUGGAAAGCGAAGCAGGCUGCACUCUAUCCGCCAGAACCAGCACGCUCACAUAAGCAAGCAGCCACUGCGAGCAAGAUCAAAUGCGUCAACUUCGGUGGAUGGGAAAUCGAUACCUGGCAUGCAGCACCAUAUCCUGAGGAGUACAGUAAAAACAGGGUGCUAUACAUAUGCGAGUUUUGUCUCAAGUACAUGAACUCGGACUAUGUCGCAUGGCGGCACAAGCUCAAAUGCCCGGCGAAGCACCCUCCAGGUGAUGAAAUCUAUCGUGACGGCAAGUACUCUUUCUUCGAGGUCGAUGGCCGGAAGAAUCCUGUAUACUGCCAGAAUCUCUGCCUACUCGCCAAGUUGUUUCUCGGUUCCAAGACACUAUACUACGAUGUCGAGCCCUUCCUGUUCUACGUCAUGACAGAGAACGACAACUUCGGGUGUCAUUUUGUCGGCUACUUUUCGAAAGAGAAGCGUCCGAGCUCGCUUAACAACGUCUCGUGUAUUCUCGUGCUUCCCAUCCACAUGCGCAAGGGCUACGGACAGUACCUGAUCGAGUUCUCAUACCUUCUCACGCGCGUGGAGAGAAAGACUGGAAGCCCAGAGAAACCGCUCAGUGACAUGGGUCUGGUAAGUUAUCGGAAAUACUGGCGGCUUGUUCUGUGCGAGGAGCUACUUCAACAAAAGGCCGCGAUCAGCAUAUCGGCUAUAUCAGACCGCACCGGCAUGACACCGGAUGAUAUCGUAUCAGCGUUAGAAGGCCUACGAGCUCUCGUGCGUGAUCCUGUCACCAAGAAGUACGCGCUACGCCUCGAUUUGAACUACUUCAAGUCGUACAUUGAGAAGUGCAAUGCUGCAGGCAACCCAAAGAUCAACCCUGACUGUCUGAUAUGGACACCGUACGUCAUGGGUCGUCUGGGCCAGUAUGAAGAUGGACCUGCCUUGCAAACAGUGCAACAGCGCGAUGAAGUCGAAGAAGAGGAAAAGUCUGCGCCUGAGGAGGGCGUGCAGAUGGAAAUGGCGAAAACUAACGGUACUGGUGAUGAAGCAGACGCAGCCAUACCCACUCUUGCCGCCGAAGACUCUGUCAACGGUGGUUCGCCAGCUCCAGGUACGCCGCUCGCAAACGGCUCUACCGUGGCACUUGCAGGCUCACAUAUGGACGAGCCGGCAAUCCCACCGUCACGAUACGAGAUCUUCCCUCCCGUACCAGGGCAACCUGCGCAGAGACGCCGACCCGGACGACCCUUUGGAUCACGGCGAAGAACAAGCACUCCAAACCGCGUACGGAACACAUCGCUGUCUAUUCACACGGCCCCAGUAUCAAAGAUUCAACUAUCUCCUAGUAGGGGAGCCAAAAAUCUCAUGUCACCGUCUGCCAAUGGCGCCCUCACGCCAGGCACCAUUUCUCUCCGCAGAACACGAAGCCGGCUUGGUGAAAGCGUCACUAACGGCGAGGAUGUCGAAGAUGGAGGUGCCGUCAAAGCCGUCGUCAUCAACGGACGAAGAAGUACACGCAGCUCCGCUAGCUCUAGAGGAAGCAUCGACUUCAAAGGCAAAGGAAAGGCUUUGCCCAUUGAAGAAGAACACGAUGAAGAUAUCGAUGCGGAUGGCGAUUACGACGAAGAAGAGGGCGAUAUGGAUGUUGAUGCCGAAGGCGAGGAAGACGAUGACAUUAUCAUGCAAGAUGCUUGA